AAAAAGGAAAAGAAGAUAUGCAUAGGAGCCGCGCGCGGACUACACUACCUUCACGCUGGAGCCAAGCGCACCAUCAUUCAUCGUCAUAUCAAACCCAGCAACAUUCUUUUGGAUGAUAACAUGGAGCCAAAACUCGCAGGUUUCGACCUUAGCAUACAGGGAGCACAUUUUAUGUCAAAGCCAAAACUAAUUCAAGUGCCUGCUGCGGGUACUUAUGGCUACGUAGCUAUGGAGGUUUGGACAGACGAUACCGUCACAGAUAAAACUGAUGUUUACUCAUUUGGUAUGGUUCUACUUGAAGUUGUGUGUGGAAGGAAAUACUUAAUGGAGCCAAUUGAAACGGAAUUUCUGGAAAAACCUCUUGAGGAGAAAAUUGAUGAAAUUAUCAAAGGAAGUAUCGGACCAGAGUGUUGGCAAGUCUUUGUAGAUAUCACCCUCAGAUGUGUGAAGUUGGAACCAGAUGAGCGACCAACAAUGGGUGAAGUAGAGGUGGAACUUGAGUAUGCUCUGUCCUUGCAAAAGCAAGCAGAUAGAGCAAGAUAUUCCUUAUUUUCCACCACCAUUAUUCCCCCCCCUUUCUCCUUAUUCCGGCUUCCUGGGACCUGAGAACACUAGAUGAUUAGGUCAUCUGAAAUUAAGGUUAGUGUUUCGCGUCAAAAUAGUCACAGUAAGCUUUUGUGGUGAUUGCGUUUAAUUGAGAUGCUUGAAAUAGCUUUUUUUGUGAUCCCUGUUUCUAGAAGCUGUGAUUGUAAGAAUCUUGCGCUAGUAUAAAUUUGAAGUAAUGGUAGAACUCCCUUGCUUCAGUCUAUAAA